AGGCCGCUUCCGGUUGAUGAGGACACGUCACUCAUUCGACUGAGGAAGAGGACCGGUGCAAACCUCGCUCAUUGACACAUUUUGUGUAAAUCACAAGGCAGAAAUCAUGUCGAAUUCAGUCAUAUCGGUUAUCUCUCGGUUUCUAGAGGAGUACACGUCCUCGACGCCCAACAAGCUGAAAGUGGUGGACGCUUAUUUGCUGUACAUCUUGUUGACGGGAGCUCUACAGUUCCUCUACUGCCUGCUGGUUGGCACCUUCCCCUUCAACAGCUUUUUGUCGGGCUUCAUCUCAUGUGUGGGCUCGUUCAUCCUCGCAGUGUGUCUUCGUAUCCAGAUCAACCCACAGAACAAAGGAGAGUUCCUGUCUAUCUCUCCAGAGAGAGCCUUCGCUGACUUCCUAUUCGCUCACACUGUCCUCCAUCUGGUUGUGAUGAACUUCAUUGGUUGAAUCGGAUGUGGACCCAACUUACAGUGCCCCCCUCUCAGAAGCUCACGAGAAGAGAAAUUAUCAAACCUCCCCUUCAAGACAUGAUGCUGCAUCUGCUUUUGUGCGAUCCCACCUUCAACACUGAAUUGGUUGCAACUUGUCACAUGUGAUGCAGUACAAUUUUCUUACUGAUAAAAUGGUUGAUUUCUGUCAUUUUUUUUAAAUGUAAAGAUUUGUUAAGCAUUCCCUUUUUGCACUGACACAAGGAAAUAAAAAAACAACUGAAAUGGU